CUCAAGGAUCGCAAGUAACGUAAGCGUGACCAUGCGAAUCCAUAUAACAUAAAGAUAUUACUUCAGAUAUUCUUUUAGCUACUCUCAACUUGACCAACAAAGAUUUUAUAAGACCAAAAUUAGAAGUUUGUCAUCAGAUGACACUAAAAGAUUUAUUUAAACUCACAAGAAGAUUUUGCAUGUCAUGUGGGCAUAAUGUAAAGUUAGCAUCCUGUUAUGUUAGUCGUGAAAAGAAGAAAUUUUCAAAAACUCAGAUUCAAGAGACUAAUCUAAGAGCAAACACUCUCGUAAGGAAACAAAGGUAUCUUUCGCAGCCCUAUAAGAAAUAUGUAUACGGAAAGGAAACAUUUUGUAUACAUUUUAUGUACGUUUCUAUAGAUUCCGUAUACAAAUUCCGUAUAUUUAAUAAGCAAUUCAUUUUUGAACAUUUUUUAAAAAAACUAAUGUAUAAGAAAUGUAUACGGAAAAAAUUAAUCAUACGGAAUGUAUACGGAAUUUAUAAACUUAAUAUUUUUAGAAAAUAAUUUUACAAAAAUCUCGUAUCAUAACACGAGAUCACGUGAUUGUUUAUUGUUUUGUUAUGAUACGUUUUUUGUUUUUUAUAUAAACCCUUU